AUCAAUGCCACCUGCGAAGUACACCUUGACACGAGACGAGAAGAAAUUUUUUUGUGAUUGGCUGAAAGUUGUGAAGUUUCCUGACGGGUAUGCAUAUAACAUUGGCGAUGUGUGAACAAGCUUCCUAGUAAGAUUUCGGGAAUGAAAGGCCACGAUUGUCAUAUCUUCUUACAGCGUUUACUCCCUGUUGCAAUUCGUGGAUAUUUAACAACCGAAAUACGUACAACAUUGAUGGAGUUGAGUAACUUUUGUAAGCAACUGUGUGCACAGACAUUGAAAUUAGAUGUCUUGAAGCAAAUGAAGGACGAUAUUGUCGUGAUUCUAUGCAAGUUGGAAAAGAUUUUUCCACCUACCUUUUUUGAUAUUAUGGUUCAUCUAGCUGUUCAUUUACCUCGAGAAGUUGAGCUUGUGGGACCAGUACAAUACAGUUGGAUGUAUCCAAUGGAAAGAACACUUGGUAAAUAUAAGGUGUUUGUGCAAAAUAGAGGAUGCACAGAGGGGUCAAUUGCCAAAGGUUAUUUAUCUGAUGAGUGUUUGACAUUUUACUCCUCGUAUCUUCAUGGGAUUAAGACAAGAUGGAAUUGUGAAGAGAGAAAUGCUAACGGAUGGUUAGAGGAAAGGAGUAUAGGCUUAGAUGUGUUCUUUCAAUGAGUUCGACCCUUGGGAGUAGCAAAAUUUGUAACACUUGAAGAGAAGGUUUUCACAAGGACUAGAUGGUAUGUGCUUAACAAUUGUAAGGAAACUGCUUCGUACAUGGAUGAACACCAUUAAAAGAUUGGUGGAGAAUGCGACCUUGACAUUGAGAAAAGGUAUGAAGCUGACUUUGAACGUAGGUUUCAAAAUCGUAUAUAUGGGAGCGAUGUGGGGAAUGUUUUCGAAACAAUUAUAUGAUCUUGCAUGCGAGGCUGAUCAUCUAGUUAGGUCAAACAGAGAUUGUAUUGUGAAUGGAGUUAGGUUCCACACAAAAAAAUGUGAACAAACUCGUAUUACCCAAAACAGUGGUAUUGUUGUUCGAGGUGAGCAUGGCACGUCGAAUAUUGAGUUCUAUGGUGUGUUGAGGAACAUUUUGGAGUUACGUUACCCAGGCCCAAAUCACGUGUAUUUGUUUGAGUGUGACUGGUGGAACACUGGGAGUAGAACGGGAAUGCAAAUGGACCAAUACUUUACAACUGUGAAUACUUCUCGUACAUGGUUGUUGUUACCCUAAUAGAAAUGGUGGCAAGAGAAAGGAAAGCAGGGGGAGGCCUAGGCUAAGGCCAAGACCAUAUUAAUCAUCAUGGCUCACAAUCUCUCAUUGAUGAAGGUGAAGAUCUAGGUAUAGACUUACUGAUGGCAAAUGCAGUGCAAUCAACGGCUCACUCGAGUUCACAAGGAUCUAUCCUAACUG